AAUCAGUGUUAGCUGAGCUCUUUGACGGAAUGAAGCCAAGCUACCCUGUUUGUUGCCUUCUGCAAUGACCAGCAGACACACACAGCUGCGAAAAAGCAGCCUUUUCACACAAAGCGGUAUCCUACGAUACCAUGUCAAGCAAGAACAGUUCCAAUGGUCCACCUUCUACAACAACAGUUAGUUCUGUCUUUGUUCAGGCUGGAGAUUGUAGAAUCGUCAUAGGUAUACUUAAGUGUGGAAAAUGGGUGCAACUCCAGCUGGCUGAAUCCAUACCAAAUUUGUUAGAAAUUGGUGGCAAUCAGGAAGAGACCAAAAAAUUAUUACAAGAUCAUGAACUUCUGUUGUCUAAACUUAAGCCUCUGGAAGACCAAGUAUGGGCCCUGUUACGUGAGGCAGACAAAACCGCGGAAGAAAACAAAGAUCAAGAAGAGGUGUAUGAGGCCAUGGCAGAGACACUGGGAGAUGCUUGGGACUCCCUUGUCCUUGUUCUAGAGAAGCGCAGGAAACUGUUGAAACUUACUGCAGAUUUUUUUGAAAAAGCUCUCGAGUUUGCUAUGAAAAUCGACCAAGUUGAAGAUUUCUUGCAGAACUCCCAAGAGUUUGAGAAUCCUGAAUCAUUGACAGCACUCCUGACCCAGCAUGAACAUCAUACCAAAGAGCUCUUAGAGAAAUCACUGCUCCUCUUAAACAAGAGCCAUGACCUUACUGAAUUCAUAGAGGAAUUCAAGUCCGAUGGGCCAAACGUAAACCCAGAAUUUAUUCAGGGAGCUCGCAGUAGCUGCCUGAAAAUUGAGAAUCUCCUUGAAGUUCUACAAGACAGAAGAAGGCAACUGGAUAAAUUCUUGAAGCUGCAGCGCCAAGGACUGGAGCAAGUGUUACAAAUCUGUCAGUGGCAUCACCGGGAAAACCAGGUAACCUCGUGCUACAAGAAGAAUAUAAAAGAUUAUUUACGUAAGGAAAGCUUGGGGUCAGUUUUAAAAGAAAAUGAAGAGUUACUUCAGGAACACAAGGAAAUGGAAAUUCAGGUGAAGGAAUGGAACUCCGCAGUAGAGGAUUUAAAAUCAGAUGCACUCAAGAUUCUGCUUUCAGAGGAAUAUGCAGAAAAAGAACAUCUCAAGCUUUCGAAUCAGAAAAUAAAUCAUCUACAACAGGAGGUAAACCGUCAUAUGGAAGAAAGGCGAACCUUGCUGCAGGAGAGCAAUGGCUUCUUCAGAGCAGCUGACAAGACCAAUGAUGUUCUUGGAAAUGUUGAGGCUUCCCUAAAGCUUCUGAACUCUGAAAGUUUAAGUUUGCCUAUCUUGGCACAGAAACAUGAGGAAUUGCAUAAAGAACUUAAGGAUGGAUCGGAGGAUACCCUGCAGAAAGGAUGUGUCUUGCUUAGUAAAGGGGAUGCUCAUAGUUCUUGGAUUACUGGAAUUCAGGAAAUGGUAGAUUGCAUUCAGAAAAGAGUAGAUCACUUGAUCACACAGUGUCCUGCUUACAAAGAACUUGCCUCAAAAAAGCAGCAGCUAACCACCUCUUUAGAAGAUUACCUUCAGAAGGCCUCUUCAAAGAUCAAAAAUAUUAGUCCGAUGCUCUCAGCUGGAAUGAAUCCUGGAUCAUCCAUACCUGAGUCAGAGGAAGUUAUGAACCAAUAUUUAGAACUGGCAAAUCAAACGAAGGAGAUGGCUCAUGAGCUGGAAUUAGCUGUGAGGAUUGUUAAAGAGAUGGAAGAAUUUGAAACUACAGAAGUAGAAGCUUUUUCUAGCAAAACGAACCUUCUAAAUAAAGAACUGGCAACACUUAACAAAAAUAUUAAUUUUAAACUGGAAAUCCUGAAGCCUUAUGUGACAUUUUUAAAGUCAUCAAGCGAGAUUGGUGGCGAUGCUCUGAAGCUGAAAGAAUUCUAUACAUCCGAGCCUGUGCAAGAAGAUGUUGAAGCUAAAAGUGAGACACUGAUGCAGUCAGCUGAAAUUCAGUGGCAGAUGGUUUUAAAGAAGAUUCUUUCCACUCAAGAUAUGGGACACGACUUUUUAAAUUUAGUAAACAUGGUAAAUGAGAAUCUAAUACUGAAUGUGGAAAACGUUGUACAAGUAACAGAACAAGCUAUUGCUAUUCUGAACAAAGAAAAGGAAGAGCUGGCAUGCCUUUGGACAACAUGGAAACUUAACAUGAGUCAAGUGAAAUCCAUCAAAGAACAGUGUGGGAAAUUUAAUGAGCAAUUUAAAACGACCACACAAAACUUAAAUGCUCUGCAAGAGGCACUCCGAUCCACUGCGGCACUUGAUCUGGGAAGCAAUCUUUCUGUGCUCAUAGAGCUGCAAAAUAAAUUUAACCAAAUGAAGCCACAGUUUCAGCAACUUAAUGCUGAGGUGGAAUAUACAUUAAAGUUAUCAGAACAGCUGAGCUCGAAAGGAGUCCCUGACAUGGAAAAGUCUGAAAAAGUAAGUGAGCUCAUUCAUCUCCAUAAGGAAAUAAAGGAAAUGAUUGAAACAUAUGAUGAAAUCUUCAACAAGACGGUGAAGUUCCAUCACGCAAAAGAGCAACUUGAAAGUCUCAUAAAAUCUGGAGGAUUAGAGGUUCUAGAAAUUAAAGAGGUGCCCAGCGAUACACCCCAUGCUAAGACCCACCUGAACAAUGCUCAGGAAAAACACGCACAUAUCAGGCAGCUAUACAAAUUGGCGCUCACACUUGGAAUGGAUAUAAUUUCCUCAGUGCAACAUCCGAAUCCCUUUAAUGUUUCUGUAAAAAACCUGAGACAGCAGCUGGAGUCACUUGAGUCUGACAGCAUUUGCUGGGGUCUCAAAGCAGAUCAGUACGAGGAAGAGCUGUCGCACAUCCUCCAUUUCUGCACCACGAGAGACGAGAUUCAUGAGCUCAGGGAAUCAUUUAAAGAUCUCAAAAAGAAAUUCAACAAUAUGAAAUUCAACUACAGCAAGAAAACCGAGAAAGCGCGAAAUCUGAAGACAUUGAGAAUUCAGAUUCAGCAAGUUGAUACGUAUUCUGAAAAAAUGCAGGUUUUGAGAAAGAAAGCAGAAAAUCUAAAGACAAAGACCAUAGAGUGCUUAGCAACUCAGCCUACCGACAGAGCCACCAGCCUCUCUCAGUCGAUCAAUGAAUUAGAGAAGCAGCUCUGUGAAUUUGGCAAGAUUAUGGAGGAUUACAAACAAAAUUUAGAUCUGAUGGAACACCUACAGCAGAUGAUGGAAGAGUGUCAGUUUUGGUCUGAAGAUGCGAGUGCAACUGUAGUUAGAGUGGAAAAAUAUUCAGCGGAGUGUAAGACGCAAGAAGCAGUAGAAACUCUCUCCAAGCAAUUCAGCAAAUUCAUUGAGCCUACAGUUCCUCAGCAGGAAGAAAGAAUUCAGCAGAUUACCAGCCUUGCUAAAAAGUUAUAUGGUUUUGAAGAAGGAAUGAAGUAUGUUGAAAAAAUAACAACAAAACACAAAGAGGUUCUUCAUUCCAUCAAUGAACUGUGUAGUUCCUUAAAAGACCUUCAAAAUAAGCUUGGGGAAGACCCACAAAAGGGGAAAUCUCCAGAUUCAGGUAAUUUUGCUGGAGAACAAGAAACAGAACGAGAGCGGCAGAAAGAGAAGCAAAGUGUGAAAGAAAAGGGAAAUGAGCCAAAAGAACAGGAAGAGAAGAUAUUGGCUGAUAUUUCAGUGAGUUCUCCAGCUGGUGAGGAUUUUGUUCCACAGGACACAGACCUCUUGCCCCCCACCAAGGAGGAUGGCUUUCAGGCAGAGCUGCUGGCAGAAGACGUGCCCUCUGGAGAUGAAUAUGAGUGUAUAUCCCCUGAUGAUAUCUCUUUACCACCACUUUCCGAGACGCCAGAAUCCAACCUUCUGCAUUCCGAAACAGAGCUGGAAGAGCUCCCUCCUUGCUGUAGUUCACCUACUCUGCAUGUCAGCUCCUAUAGCGUGCAAAUGCAGAUAAACGCUGGCAGUAAAAGAAUGAGAGAUGAAUCUGAUCCCUUAACCUCUUCUGCUUACGCUGACAUGCCUGGUCACAAAAAAGAACCUAUGUCCGAUCAGCCAGGAAGAUUCUCUUCCUCGACCCUAAGUUAUUCGAAACGCAAAACGGAAUCCCCUUUCGCUCACGAUUCACCCGAAGUGCCUGACGCCAACACUGUUCCCUGCAUGCCGAAGAUACUGCCUGCCUACUGCAUGAGGAGUGAAGUGUGUGAGACCCACUUGCAAUGCCAUGAGGUCCGCAGAAGCAUGACAGGAGCGCAGGGACAAUUGCAUGACAGAAAUAACUGUACUAAAACCCAGGAUAGGCUGCAUGCUUCACCCAAUGCAUUCUCAGGUCUCCUGUUUCAAUCAGACGCUACCAGAAGCUGUCAGAGGCAGAUGGUCACCCGAGAAGAGAUUAAAAGUGUAUCUGAAAAGAACAGCAUGGUCAGCCUAUCUGGACAGGCGCCUAACUUCUCCAAGCUUCUGUCUAAUGUAACUGUCAUGGAAGGCUCUCCAGUGACUUUGGAAGUAGAAGUAACAGGAUUCCCAGAGCCUGCAGUGACCUGGUACAAGAAGGGCCAGAAAGUGACUGCAGAUGAGCGCUUAAAGCUCUCACACAAGGAUUCAAAGUAUACUUUGCUCAUUCAGAAGGUGUCUGACACAGAUGCGGGCCUCUAUGUGGUUCGGGCUAACAAUUCUAAUGGCACAGUCUCCUCCAGUGCCAUCCUCCAUGUGAAAGGUAAUGGGCCACCUAUAAAAAGAAUAGACUGGAUAAUAUUGUGUGCCCUCUACUUGACUGUAUCACUUGCCUACCAGCUGUUCGCUUAGCACAGUACACUGACUUUACCGGACUUUUUUAACAUUUCACAAUCGGAGACAACAGCAAAGGGUCGUCUGCUUCCACGGCAUCUCCUCACAUCACGUUGCUUGUGUGAUUCACUCUGAAAAUAGUGCUUUCAAUAUUAACAUCACAGAUACACUGGAUGUUGUUGCUCCUUAAUACUAAUCUUAUACAGGGGGAAAGAAAAAU